CGGUACGUCCAUGACCCACUGUGGAGAACAUAACACGUGGAGUGUCGAACAUGCGGGCACACAGCGAUGGAGGCGAAGACGACGUUGGAUUCGGUGACGACGCAGAUGAAGGGAUGAGGGAAGACGUGGAAGCGGGGGACGACGACGACGACGUUCCCAUUCGGCCUUUGGGGAAGACGGCUGGGAGGGGGAGAGGACGUGAUAAAGGUGGUGUCCGUGGUCGAUCCGUUGGCCGUGGAGGCAGAGGUGGCGUAAGUGACGACGCCAGGAAGUCUCCGGCGUACUGGUCUGCAGAAAACCAAAUGCUCCUGGUGCGAUGCAAGCGGGAGCAAGAUAUGCACCUCGCCGGCUUGUCUCACAAUUACGGGCGGAUGAAGACGAAAGAGUGGAAGUGGGAGGACAUGUCGAAGCGGAUGGCGAAUGCGGGGAGGACGAAGGAUGCUGACGACUGCAUGAAGAAGUGGGACAAUCUGUUUCGGAACUACAAGAAAAUUCAGAGGUUUCAGAAUGCCAGCGGGCGGCUAGUUUUUUUCAGGUUGACGAACGAAGAGAGGAAGGAGCACAACUUCAAGUUCCGGAUGGACAGGGCGCUCUACAACGAGAUCCACGCAGACAUGGUGGGGAACCACACGAUUUUCCCUCCCAACAUUGCCGACAUCGGCAGUCUGGAUGGGGUGCACCUGCCCAGGCGAGGAGCGGGUGGAGGGGAGUCUGUUUGUAGUGAGGCGGUCGGUGAAGGAUGCCCUGACGAGCGUUCUUCUGCGUGGGAGUCCGACAGCAACGUAGGCAGCGGGGCGGGAGAUGGGAAGCAGAAGAACGCGCGUCAGCAGGCAUUCGAGUGCAUCUCCGAUGUCAUGGAACGCCAUGGCGCACUGAUGUCGUCGACGAUCGAAUCAUCUAGCAAGCGGCAAUGCAUCAUCUUCACGAGGCAAUGCGACAUAUUGGAGCAGGAAGUUGUCGUCCAAAAAACGCACUAUGCAGCGUUCGAUGAGACGCAGAGGAUGAUGUGCCAAGCACUGUUGGAGAUCGUUGCCGCCAUCCGUGGUCGGUCGGCCAUCCGAGCGCUACACCAAUAUCACUUGUGGGGGUCCCCAGCGAGCAUGUCUGCGCGAUUGAACGCCCCUGGCAAGAAGCGCGACGUUGCGCUUGACGAAACCCAAGCCCAGGGGAAAGGUCGGCGGCACGUCCCGAAGGCGAAGAGGCUACGUUUGGAUGAUGCGUCAGCAAGUUUGUCGCGUCGUGGUGCGCGAGGUUGGGCGCAGGCCGCGGAAGAGGUCAACGACGACGAUUUCAUGACGGAGGACGAUCAAGGCGAGGCAACGGCGUCUGCAGGACGGGAGAGUGCCAGGCAGCAUACUCUGGAUCAGAGCGCUUCGAAGAGGAUGUCAACCCCUCCGCCGGAGGCGCAGCAGCUGCGUGUCCGCGAAACGUGGAAAGAGAAGGGUGCGGUGGUGGACCUUGACGACGAAGACGAUGAGCCUUUGGAAAAACGUUGCCUGCGCAGUGCGACACAAGCGACCACAGCGGCGGUGUCGACGGCUCGCGCUGCGGAGGACGAAAGGACGAUCACAGGUGCACUGCCCUGCACGCUGUCUCAGCCGCGUCAGCGCAACGACGGUGGUGAUGGUGCGUCUUGCGAACGAGGUGGUGGUGGGGGAGUCGUGGCAGACGUGCGUGCAGCAAGGCGCGAGGCGACAGGUGGCGCGGGUGUGGCUGUUGCAGGUGUUGUCCCUCCCGUUCCGGCGGCGAGAGAGGAGGCUGUAGUUCCGGCGACGGUGAGAGAGGAGGGUCGUGGACAGAACAUGAACCAACACGCUUCAAGCCGGGGACGCAGGGGAGUCAUGACGAAAGACCUUAUCGACCGUGCGCUUCUUUGGGUGGAUGACAAAUGUUUCUCGACGACGGGUGAAGGACGCAAACUUUACAACAUCGUCCACGAAACCAAAGAGUACUUCGUCGCCAUCGCCAGCGGCCUUCCGCCACCUGAACUUCCGCGGAGCGUUGUCAUCCCCAAAUCCAGCAUGAGGGUGGCGAGGAUCGCAGACUUAUCACAACUCCUGCAAGCGAUCUCCCGUCCGGCGGCGGUGGAGAAUAUAGCUCUGCGCAUCUUGCACGGCUGGGUUUUCAAGUCCGGGAACCGCCCAAGGGGGUACCACCUUGCUUUCCAGUACUCGUUGGAGUCCGUAGCGACGGACAUUGCGCGUGCAAUGUGGUACGACGAGGAGAGGCGCAAAGUCGUUAGCGCGGCGAUCUGCGCCCACACGAUAGAUCUUAACAUGGACCUUCCACUUUGGUACGCCGACGCGAAUAUCGAGGACAGACCUGAGGACGACGACAUGGCUGCGUACCAGGAGUCCACGGUCAUCAGCAUCGCGCAUUCGUUCCGCGCGGCGGUGCAAAUGGGCGCUCACAUCGACGGUGAUUUCAUCUCCUACUAGCAUCUAUGUCGGGUGGCUGACUGCUUCAGGCUGUUGCUGGCGGCGUCCAUGUGGAUUAUGCGCAUGGCGGGAGAC